AUGCCGCCGCCGCCGCUGCCGCCGCUCAACAACCCUUUCCUAUCUUAUUUGGUUUGCCGUUCAAACAAAGGCUCAGGAAAUUGGAUGCUCUCGCCGCCUCUGAUGAUAUCGUCUAAACAGCCUCAUCUAGGCCUCGCUGUCUCCUGCACUGGCGAGGUAGAGCCAUCAUCACGGCUGCGGGGUCAAUGGUGGUGA